AGUUGGCUUCGACUGUUUACAUUGGAGCCAAGGUGGUUUAAAGUGCUCCAAAUUAUAUUAUUUUCACGCAAGGUUACUCCAGUCGCAGCAAUCGUCACCUUAUUCGGCGCGAUCGUUCUUGGCAUUAAGGACGUGGUCAACUCGAUGACUCAAAUUAACUUCGCCAUAUGAACGUUGCGAGAUCAUGAUCUCUUCGUUCUCGGAGGGCUCUCGCUGAGAUUUUACUCCAUAGAGUCAAAGAUUAUGUUGAUUUGAACGGCGUAAUCUCUAAAGGUUUAGCUGGUACUUUUGGUUCAGUCGAGAUUAACCUUGCGCUUUGGAAUGGAGAAGAAAAAGGUUUCCAGAUCAGCGGAUGACGAUUCGUCGAAGCAAUGUCAGAAAUUCGAGGGAGAAUCAAUAAAUUUGGCCAAAAAGAUCUUAAAUACCGUUGACAAGGACCUCGUCGUACCAAAAUUGUCCUUCUUCUUCUUUUUUAUGGCAACCGGCGCUUUCCUUCCUUAUCUUGGCGUGUUCUACAAGCAGCUGUGGCUUACAGCUCGACAGUCUGGAAUUCUGCUUGGAGUUCGCCCUUUUGUGAAAAUGUUAUGCUCCCCUCUCUGGGGAAUGGUCACGGAUGUAUGCAACAAACCGAAGCUUAUUCUACUUGUGUCUAUUCUGGGAACAACUGUGGCCCAUUUCUCGCAAAGCAUAGUCUCGCCGUUUCAUUUACCUUGCUACCCUGAUGUGAACAGAACAAACUUUAGCCAAAUCCGGUCAAACUUGUUCGCCCAAUACUCAACUGAUCGUUCUUCGCGACAAAGUGGCUUCCCAGCCACUUCAACACGUUUGCAAGAAAAUUCUCUCGUAAAAGGUGCCGACCAAACAAAUUAUUCAUCAGCUGAAAAUGCCGGCACUACAGUUCGAGGGUCGAUGGCGCCAGAAAAAUUCCUAAGAAAUAAUGAUUUUAACAAACAGAAGGAGGUCGGGAAAGAAGUGCAUCCCUUCGAUUAUGGGACAGCUCAGGAAGAAAGCAUGGAAGACACCGGACCAAGGCAUGACGAUAAGCCGCGAGAAAUCACCGACGCAAAUUCCAAAAUAUUGACAAAAAACAAGAAACGCAAGAAUCCUAACAUGAAGAAUGAUUUCCGCGUCAAAGACAACCAAAGCAUUUUUGCAACUUUGCUUGUGAUUGUUUUUCUGGGUGAAUUUAUAGCUGCACCAGCUCCAAUGCUGACCGAUAGCGGAACGCUUGGUAUCCUGAGUGGAAGGGAACACCAAUACGGCCGACAAAGGCUGUUCGGUUCGGUAGGCUGGGGAAUCGGUUCUUUGCUGUCAGGAGCCGUUGUGACAGCUUUCAAUUCAUGUCCGUAUGAAGACAGCAUCAACUAUGUGGCGUGCUUUUACGUAUUUGCCGGAGCCAUGAUUCUCGACUUCUUCGUCGGCCUGUUCUUCAAUUUCGUACCAGCGCCGUCCAAACAGGAUGUCUCUAACAUGGAAAAUGAGUUUUUAAGGGGACUGAAAAUAUUUUACAACCUAAAGAAUGGAGCCUUCAUCUGCACACUGUUGUUUCUUGGGUUCUCCCACAGCCUGCAGCUUUCUUUCUUGUUUUGGUUUCUUCAAGACAUUGGAGGAACACCAAUCCUUUUUACCCUCAUUGUCGCUGUAAAUUGCCUGUCAGAGGUGGUGAUGUUCUUCCUAGCGACUUACUUUGUGCAGAAGAUCGGCCACGACGCUGUUCUUUACACAGGGCUUGCCUGCUAUGGGUUACGAUUUUUGCUCUACUCGUACCUUAAUGAACCAUGGUGGGUUUUGCCGCUAGAAGCUUUGCAAGGCUUCACAUACGGAGGAGUUUGGACAGCAAGUGUUGCCUACGUUGGACCGCAACCAGGCUCCGGAGCCACGAUCCAAGGCAUAAUCCACGGGGUGUAUUGGGGUCUAGGUAUGGCUGUAGGCGGAGUCAUUGGAGGGUUGAUGGUUCAUUCGAUUGGCGCACGUUUAACAUUUCGGCUCGAAGCGGCCUUGUCCUUUGCAAUUCUUGUUCUGUUCUUCGCGAUCAACAAUUUCCAUCAGAAAAAUUCUCAAUAUUCCCAGAUUCCUUCGGAGCCUGCUCAGGACCCGGGGGAUGAAAAAGAGAGCGCUGCAGAUCAAGACACAACAGGGGAUGCUAAAUGAAGUAACUAAUAAACAAAAUUUUAUCAAUCUAUUUAUUAAUUUGACUUAUUUAUUCAUUGAACUCAUUGACAUGAGAAUUUCUCAAAGGAAGGGAGAUAUUAUAUUUGGGUAAUUUAGUUGUAAAAUAUUUUCAGAGGAAAAUUUAUUUUAUUUUUCGAUUAUUACGAAUAUCGAUAUCCGGGGAAACGUUUUGAUUUUUUAAGCAAUCAUGGGACUGGGCAACGUAAGGUAAACACCAUUAAAUUCAAAAAGCACUUUAUUUAAAAGUUAGUAUGAUUCAGAUUUAUGUUCUUUAGUUAAUCUAUGCUUUGCCAUUAACAAAUCUAACUGUAAUUGUAACAUUCUUAAGACGGAAAGAAAAAGAAGUUAUGAAUUUCAGUUUUUCUAAUAAUUGCUGAAGGAACGAUUUUACAAUAGACGAUAGACGAUUUUAUGUUUACUAGAUUCAAAACUGUCUCCUCGAUUUCGUCAGAGGAAAAAAAUAUGAUAAUGAUAAAGACAUCUAACAAGUUUCUGUUGUUAUUUUAAAUGAAUUAUGCAAUGAACAGGUGAAUCACAUGACUCUAAUUUAGAAAUUAACUGUUUAUGCUUCGUUUUAAGAGCAAAACUCUACACCCAAUGUCUUGAAUUGGGAUUGGUACAUUAUCAAAGCGUCCAUGACCAACCUAUUAGUAGUAAGGUUAAGUUUAAGCCAUGUUUGCUUGUAAUUUAAUUUGGACAGUUCCCCGCUGGACAGGUGCACGUGCUUAGAUACAAUUUUCUUCUGCUUAUGCGGUAGCAUGUUUCAGGCGCUAAUUGAACAAGGCGCGAUAUUAGCCCAAGGGGAAAAACGCAGGAGGGUUUGAGACGGGUUUCAAUAUUUCGGUUACGAGAGAAACCAUUUGAGUAUUUUGUUUUGUUUUGUUUUUUCUGCAUCGCACUUGCCUUGAAUGGAAACCAAUGGGAAAAAAGGGCCAAACGCAGGUUACAAACCUCCUCCCUUUUUUGGUUUUACGCAAUUAACGCCCGUAACAGACCAGUUUUAAAGCAUUUGUUAGCGUUUUAAGGUCGAUAACGAAUUUAUUUUUAAAGUUAGUUUAUUAUUGAUGAGAUGAUAAGGGGGGGCUUACCAACCGCCGAAGAGAAUUCAAAAAGCGAAAAUUUCCUGUUCUAGCCUUUCUUAUCAUUCUUGGACUCAACACUGAUUAAAGUCUUUUGUUUUUAGUUUGAGAAAGAAGUUAUUGGUUUCUUUCCGAGUUUUUAUUUUUAGUGACAAAAAUUAUUGAGGAAGGGAAGGAAAUACUGGUAAAGGUAUCUGGGCUAAUGAAGAAGUGUGAGGAGAAGGUGACAUGUGGAACUUGUUUUAUGUCGCCGAUCAUGAAUUCCUCUGCCACUUCGUUAAAAUAUUACUCGUCUCGGGGAUUGUUGUCAGGCUAUGCAGGAUUCGGAGCAGUAUUAUAAUUUCGGUUGCAAAGUAGUGGUCAAAAGUCAGAGGAUGCACUAUCAUUGAAACGAUAACGAGGGGGGCCGAAAGCUUACUUUUAAGCAAGGAGAACCAAGUUGCCUUACUGGAGCUAAAGACAACUCUACUAGCCAUUAAUUCAUGAAAUUUCUA